CAAGUAGUAGUCCAACAUGGCGGUUGUGUCGCUCGCCUGAGUGUUGUGGAAAACCGCGUUAAAGUUAAGAGAGUUCAGCUCUAAUUUAGUGGCUUAGAGUUAAACAGAUUGUUGUGUGAAGACGGCAGACAUCGGCUUUCGGAAAUGAAGGGGAAAGAGCGGUCUCCGGUGAAGAAACGCUCCCGGGCGCCAGAUGACUGCAGAGACCGAGGAGGAAGCAAGAAGCCCGCAGCCCUGUCGACGGCUGGCAGCAACAACGGCUCAUCUCAAAGCGGAGCUUCAUCCAGGAGGAGCUUACACGGUGAGAAAAGAGACAUGAGGGAUUCAGACGGACACAAUCCAUCCAGUCGGACCGGCAGCGGCUACGACUAUGGAGUAGUUCCUGCGAACAAGCCGUAUGGAGGCGCUGACAUCGAGGCGGAAACAUCCAGGUCCGGUUCACGCAGCGACCUGCGGCCUCCGUCUACCCCAGAAAAUGAGUACAAGACUCUCAAAAUAAGUGAACUGGGCAACCAGCUGAACGACGAGGAGAUAGAAGACGGGCUGUUUCACGAGUUUAAGAGGUUUGGAGACGUGAGUGUUAAAAUCAGUCGAGAAAACGAGAACCGAGUGGCAUAUGUAAACUUCAGGAGGCCGGAUGACGCCAGGUCGGCUAAACACGCCCGCGGCAAGCUGGUGCUGUAUGACCGGCCUCUGAAGAUAGAGACAGUUUACACCAACAGACUCCGGAGCCGCUCCCCUGUUUCUAAAGACAAUUUCCCUCCAGGACAUAGACAUCUCCACUCUCAGAGGCCCCUGUCCCCCACUGGCAUGGGGUACAGAGACUACCGAUUACAGCAGCUGGCUCUGGGCCGUCUCCCCCCCUCCUCCUCCCCCCCUCCUCCUCCUCCACCUCACAUAAGAGAGCUGGAAAGGGAGAGAGACUUUUCCGUAUAUGAUGCCAGGAAUAGACCCCCGUUCAUCCCUGAAUGUGCUGUUUUCCGUGAGGAGGACCUGAUGACCCCUGAGGAUGACCAGAGGGCCAACAGGACUUUGUUUCUGGGUAAUCUGGACGUCAGUGUGACAGAGAGCGACCUGAGGAGGGCGUUUGACAGGUUCGGGGUGAUCACAGAGGUGGACAUAAAGCGGGCAGUGAGAGACCAGUGCAACACCUAUGGGUUCAUGAAGUUUGAGAAUCUGGACAUGGCUCACCGUGCCAAAGUAGCAAUGUCAGGGAAAGUGGUGGGCCACAACCCAAUAAAGAUAGGCUAUGGUAAACCCACACCCACGACCAGGCUUUGGGUGGGGGGCCUUGGACCCUGGGUUUCACUUGCUGCACUGGCCAAGGAGUUUGACCGCUUUGGCACCAUCAGAACUAUAGACUACAGGAAGGGGGAGGUGUGGGCUUACAUCCAGUAUGAAAGUUUGGAUGCUGCUCAGGCUGCAUGUACUCACAUGAGAGGCUUCCCUCUCGGGGGUCCUGACAGGAGACUCAGGGUGGAUUUCGCAGACACAGAGCACCGCUACCAGCAGCAGCAGUAUAUGCAGCUCCCCCUCCCACUGCCACACUAUGACUUUGUUCCUGAGCCCUUUGCCCACCGCCUGUCAGACCCCGUGAGGGUGAGGGAGAGGUCUCCUCCACUUCCUGGUCGCUUCAGAGACAGGGACUUGUUCACCAGCGCUGAAUGGCCGGGCAUGGGUGUGCCCGACAGGAUGCGGGGAGCGGGCUUUGACCCCAUUGGUCGCAUGGACAGGCGUCCCCAUGAGCCCUGGUCAAUAGAGCGUGAGCGGGAGCUACAAGGCAGAGAUCUUAGCCGCAAACGCCGACUGGAUCCGUCACCUGACAACAGUAACUUUGGUCUGCGCCGCCAUGGCAAGUCAUUAGAGCGCAGCCCCGGAGGAAACAGCCGGGACGGGGGGCGCGCCAGUGAUCCUGAACGCCUGUCUCGCUCUGGCAGAACGUCCCCUGUCCGAGAACGCCAGAACACUGCCUUUGGAGACAAGAGAAGAAAAACCCUGAGCCCAGCAGCCCCGGGCUCCGAGAAGGACCGCAAACUCAAAGCCAGCGACACAGCGAGGAAGGAGGAACAUCCUUCCUCCAAAUCUGGUCAGCAGUCUAAGCCCCCAGCUGCAGGACAGAAGCUGAGUCAGGUCUGGCAGGGCGUCCUCCUGCUGAAGAACAGCAGCUUCCCCACAUCCCUGCACCUGCUGGAGGGGGACAUGGCGGUGGCGUCCAGCCUGCUGCUGCCGGGCUCUGCAGGGAGUGCAGCGUCCCAGCUGAAGAUCAGCCAGCGCCUGCGCCUCGACCAGCCCAAACUGGAUGAAGUGUCUCGCCGCAUCAAGGCCGCCGGCUCCAGCGGAUACGCCAUCCUCAUGGCCGUGCCCGGGAAGUCUGAGGAGGGAGCGACUCAGGACGCCAGCAGCGCGGAGAGACCCCUGAAGAACCUGGUGUCCUACCUGAAGCAGAAGGAGGCGGCCGGCAUCAUCAGCCUCCCUGUGGGGGGGGGGCGUGACAAGGACCACGCGGGAGUUCUUCACGCUUUCCCCCCAUGUGAGUUCUCAAAGCAGUUCGUGGAUGCCUCUGCUCUAGCCUUUGCCAAAUCAGAGGACGAUUACAUGGUGAUGGUCAUUAUCAGAGGAGCGUCCUGAAAACAAAAUGUCUACAUGUUCCUUUUCACGCUCAUGAACUGUUCAAUUGUGGGUUGUAAAAACAGGUAGAAAUAAUAAUGAAAGAAGAGGAAAUGAUAGGGAUCAGUUUACUUGUUGAAGUUUUAUGAAAGUCAAAGUCACAUGGUAUUGAAUACAUUUUGAUAAAUGUGAUGAUUACUCCGGUGACACACUGCUUUCUGCUAUUUAGUUUUCAGAUGUGUUUGACUUGAAAGGUACUUUGCUUCAAGUCAUUCAGAGCAAGCUACAGUGCAGUGAAUCAAUACUAUGUGUUGCCUUAUAUCAUUUAAAGAGAAACACACGUCCUUUAUAUUCUUUCACACAAUGCCUGCCUAUAACAAAAGAUAAUUUAAGAUUCAAAACAAAGAAUAGUGCUUUCCUUUGAUGUGUACUCGGCAUAGAUUUAGCCAGUGUCAACAUGUUUGUAGUGCUCUAAUGUUUGUACAGCCAGUCUAUGAAAGGAUGAACUCAAAGUCAUGUACAGAAGAUCUAAAAUAUAUAUCUACUUGCUCUAAAGCUUACUGAUUCAUAGGCAGAUUCCAGAUGUGCAUCUGUAUUUUCUUUCUGACAAAGUAAACAUUUGAUUCACAUUUUCAUUUAUAACAGCUUUUCUAUUUCUGUCACAUUUGGCCCCUCCUGCUUUAAGCUUCCAACAAUGGUGUUAAACAUUUAAGGAUUCAAGUAUAAUAGAUCACAUUAAACUUCAGUUGUCCUUUGAAGCCACAUCUGGAGGUGAAUGUGUCAUUACAAGGUUUAGGUUCAUGCUUAUGUUUUGUAAGUAUGUAGUGGUGGACACCUUUACAUCAUAGUGUAGCUAAACAGUUCAAAUGCAAAGUACUGGCUUCAUAAAGCGAGUUCAAAUGAUGUUAGCUCUGUCUUUAUUUCUGACCUCAAGGUUUUUGAACUGUUUUUAUGUUAAUAUUUAGAGCUGAAACUAAUUAUUUUAAGUUUUUAUUCAUUUACUGGUUUGUUUUAUGAUUAAUUCAACAAUUAUUCGGUCAAUAAAACAUCAGAAGAGUGGGGGAAAGAAUCCAUAUAAUCACAGUGACGAUCUUCAGGUAGCUUUGAUGUUCCUUUGAACAGUCAAAUAUAUCAUAAUGUAGUUUAAAUACAAUUAACUGAUCAUUUCAGCUCUAAAUAUUAUUAUGGUGGAGUCUCCACACCCCCCAUGUGGCCAGCUGUGCACAGCUAUGUGUUGUACAUGGGUUCUUUGAGUGGCAGAUUAGACAGGGUUGUGUUUGUGUCCACCCUUUUUAUAUUGUACUGUAAUUGCCACCCUUUAAUUUGGGUAAACAGUCAUUGGUUAAUACAUUUGUCACUUUUUUAUUAUCCACUAAUUACAUAUACUACCCCAGCAAAGCAUGUACUGUUUAAAAAAGAUUAAUGUAACCUAUAAAUGAAGCGCUCUAUGUAUGCCCUUCACAUUUCGAAUGACUGAUCAGGAGUCUAAAAGUAUAAAUCAUUGCUCCGCUAUCAAAGGACUUCUGAAUGAAUGAGGCUGAUCUCACGGCCUUCCACGCCUUCCUCUGAAAGGACUUUGAAUGAUUGUUUUUUAUGCAUUGAUAUAAAUACUGUUUCAAAAGGAGAAAAGAAAUGAUUUGUGCUGUAUACUCAGGAUAUCUGGAGAGAGAAAUGGAGAACAUCAGUGCUCAUGGGCCUAAGAAGUAUACCUAACUGUCACAGUGCGACAUGCACUCGAUAGAUUUUGUCUCAAUAAAUUUGCUCUUACGUGGGAAACACGAGUGCCUCGGAAGACAA